AUGCUAAUACGUCAAGGUAUCAGGGAAAUAUGCGGACUUCCAGCCGAUACCCCCAUCCCAGUAUUCUACUAUGGCCGCAAAGUUCGUGAUUUGAGUAUGUUGCGAACGUUUUGGGAAGCUUCUUUACAGCACCUGGCAAUUGCAAAAAAGCUAUCUAGAAUAAAUUACCAACAUCUAAAGGCAGUCCUUGAUCUCCCAGACGAAAUAGCCAAAUAUCGUCUCCUUUUGGAUAACGAAAUAGGUAACAUUGCACAGGCCAUCCGCUCGGAAUUGCGCGUGGGUAAAUUCAGCAAAUAAACACAACUAUUUCAGAGGGGUAUCGGCGUACUUUGGUACGAUAAGCGCACUCUCACUGGGUAUCAAACAUAGGCGGUUUAUCAAGCGGUGAAUGGACCAACGUAAUAAAAGCAUCGAUUAACUCAAUGUCUAACCACGGAGCAGGAGGUCGCAGUGUGAAUGGUAGCCGCCAUUUCAGAAAUGAAGUAUGUAAUGAGAAUAAUAUUGUUGAAUUUCUACUACACAUUCGAGGCGCCUGUCCAAAGACUAAGUUACAGCGAAACGCUGCUCAUCAUCGCGUUCGAUCAGCAAUAGCCGAUUUAAUACGGAAUAAAAACUUCGAAGCAUACGAGGAAAUUCACUGUCAAACAAUGAACAACAGUGUCGACCAAAACCGUCGAACAGAUAUUAUAGUGUUAGACGGGAUAAAAAAACCAUGGACUCAUCUUAGACCUAACAAUUCGUUGGGAAACAAAUAA